UAAAACGCGCCUCUUUGCCAUUUAUUCUUGUAUCAUUCGUGUAAUCAUGAGUGUUAAGAAAAAGAUGGUCCGCAUUUUGAUGUUGCUAUUUUUCAUACUCGCCACCGUCCUGGCCGACGGUGACCCCCACCAAAAUUCGAAGCAAUCAACAAAGGUGCAACACUCUGAUCAAGGGCUGAUGGAAAAUAUCAAUCAGAAGCUCGACAGUUUGACCAAACUCGUUGUUGAACACAUCUCGGAAACGAAAAGGCAGGUCGAAGUGCAAAACGAAGAGUUGAAAAAAUUGACCUCAGGCACCAAUCGCAGGCUGGAUCAACUGGCCGCACUCGUCGAUCAGCACCACAACCAGUUGCUGAACUUUGAUUUUGCCGGCAAAUGCCUCGUUUCGCGUUCAACCCAGUUGACGACGCUGUCUAGGAAAACUUAUUUCUUCGACGGCAAAACGCGAGGAAACUGGAGUUUGGCGAACGAGACUUGCAGGCAGCACGGCCUGCAUUUGGCCACCAUUGGAAGUGUGCAAGAGCUGCGGAUGGUGUGGAAUGAGGCCAGAAGCAUCGACGAUAGUAAAGACUGGUGGGUUUCGGCCAAGAAAGAAGACACCGACUAUCACUGGCUUGAUGGAUCCAAACUGCCCGAGGACAGCUCGUUGUGGUGGCGGUACAGGACAAACGACACUGACGACUGCGUUUCCAUCGCCUGGUUGGGCGAAGGAACAUUGCUCACCGAAUCCUGCAACAAAACCUUAAACUUCGUUUGCCAACUGCCCGACAAUUGCUACAACUGAAUCAACCUUCUUUAUGUAAAAGUAAUAAAAGGAUUAUAUUCAAAAUUUUCAAUCUA